UGGCCAUGAAGACAUAUUUACUAUCAUGGUUGGAAACAUUGGAACACUCUUUAAGAUUCGUAUUGGUCAUACUAACUCUGGACCCUCCCCUUCCUGGCACUGUAAACAGAUACAAUUGUGGAACAUGAAUUCUGGAAAAGAGUUUUAUAUACCUGUUCAACGAUGGUUGGCACGAGAUCAAGAGGAUGGGGAAAUCUGUCGAGAAUUUCCUGUUUUAAACAAAGGACAACCCAUACUUCCAGUGACAGUAUACGAAGUGCAUGUGGCAACAGGUGAGCGUUGGAAUGCUGGAACAGGAGCAAGUGUGUACAUUUCUAUCUAUGGGGAAAAGGGAGAUUCAGGAUCUAGACAACUAUUUCGAUCAAAGAACUCCUUCAGUUUUUUAAGAGGACAAACUGACACCUUCUCCCUAGAAGCUGUGCAUCUUGGGGAUUUGUAUAAGAUUGUCAUAGGUCAUGAUGGGGUUGGCCCAGGAAAUGGCUGGUUUCUUGAUGAUGUUGUAAUCAAGGAUCCGGUAACAAAUCGUGAAUAUACCUUCUUCUGUCACAGGUGGUUGGAUCAAGGGGAAGAUGAUGGUAAGAUUGCCAGAGAACUGCAAGUAAUGGAUAACAGCAUCAUCUUUGCAAGUGAGUGUCAUAUAUUAGAAAAUUCUUACUAUGAUGGUUGAGGAAAGUAUGAUUCUGCUGAAAUUAAUAAUUUUCUUUUUUUUAUUCCCUCAGGUCAGAAGCUAGAAUUUAAUAGAAAAGAAACAUGGGCUGCAGAAAGAUGGAAGUUUAUGAAAGGAAAUACUCUACAAUUCUACAACAGGCUCACUGGAGGGUUUGUCCGUCUGCAUCCAGAUGGCACAGUUGAUGCAAUUGGAGAGAAGACAGACAAAUAUGGUCUCUUUGAUGUUAUUUUCAACAGAGGAAAUAUAUGCAUUUUCCAAAGUCAUGAAAUAAGACAUCUUUCUCUUGCUAUUGACAAUAGCAAUGUCACUGGAAUGGCUACUGGUGGAGCCUGUACUGAGCUGCGGGUGCUUUAUCAGCACGACCGUUGUGCACUUCUUGAGUCAGUGCUGGUUCCUGGUCAUGUAGUUACUGUUGAUCAUCAUGGCAAAAUAGCUGAUGAAUCAUCAGCAGGCUACGCAGACCUUUCAAAAGAAUUUGUGGUUUUUGUCAAGGGUGUGUUCCUCAACAGUGCUGUGGUUCUACUUGCUACCAGCCUGUGCCAAGCCCUGUGUCUCCAGCCUGAUGGGAGCUGCACUGGAGUGGGAAGCCAGUCUGAAAAAUCCUACUGGAAAGUGCAUAAAAUCAGCUCUGGUAUUUGCAUGUUUGAAAGUGUGAAAAAUGAACGGAUGUAUCUAAGGAUUAAGGAUGGCCAGUGUGAUGGAACAGGUACAGGAGAUACUGACUGUCAUUUUAAAAUUAAGAAGAACUUGGAAAAUGCAUCUAUAAGCCUGGAAUCCAUGAAAAGCCCAGGAUUGUUUGUUGGACUUCAGCCAGAUGGACAGGCAAAACCAGUUAUUUAUACUAAGAAUGGGAAUGUUUUCUUCUAUCCACAGGUCAUCAAAUUAGUGAGAUACUAUGUUGAUGUCCAUACUGGGCAACUGAAGCAAGCAGAAACAGAGUCUGAAGUUUCCCUGUGUCUCUGUGGAGAGAGGGGAGACUCCGGUCUUAGACUGCUGGACAAAUCUAAUAUGCCAGUAAAAUUUCAAAGAGGACAGACUGAUACAUUUCAAGUGGAAACAGUGUCACUUGGAAAACUGCAGAAGGUGCUGUUGCACUGCGAGGCCAGUGAGGAAUCCCAGUAUUGGUACUGUGAGAAGGUUGUGGUCAGAGAACCUGGGACUGCAUCAGAGUCUGUCUUCACCUGUGAAAGAUGGCUUCCCUUUAUGUCUCAGGGCAUAAUUCAUUCAGAAAUUGAACUUUAUCUUGAAGAAGGAGAUUGGAAGGUGACCAUUGUCACUGGGGAUCUUGAAAAUGCUGGCACUACAGCAACAGUAUCUCUUUAUGUCUAUGGAGAAGCAACAUGUUCAGGUCCUAUUAUUUUGGGAUCUGGAAAAUACCAGCUGUUUAACCCUAACAGUGCAGAUAUAUUCAAGAUUAAUCUUAAAGAUAUUGGUGAAAUAUAUAAAGUACGCAUUGGACAUGACAACAGUGGAAAGGAUCCCGCAUGGUAUCUGGAAGAAAUUAGGCUUGAAAAUAUAGAUACAUGUGAGGUGUAUUGUCUAGCUGUUGACUCCUGGAUAGCUGAGAAUGAAAAUGGUGGAGAUCUAUGGAAAGAAGUGCCCAUGGCAAGAACUAAUAAAGCACCUUUACCAGUUAAUGGCCUGGUGGGCGUGCCGGGGGGUGAUAAGAAGGCUGACUCAGCUGACAGUGACCUUUUCACAGGUUCUGGCUCCCGGCUUUCUUCAGGGGAGACCCAUGAUAAUGGGAGGGGAGUUUUGGGGCCACAACCAUGGCCAAAGAAACGUUUGAUGCUAGGUUUUGUAGUGGUUUAUGAGAUCUACAUGUACACGGGCAGGAAGCCAGGCGCAGAGACAGAGGCUAACGUGGUUAUCAACCUCAUUGGCACCAGAGGAGAUUCAGGGAACCGAAGGCUUCAUCAAUCCCAAAAUAACACAGUCAAGUUUCGGCGUGGACAGGUUGAUAUUUUUUCCAUUGAGGCAGUGUCUCUGGGAAAACUGAAGAAAGUUCUGAUUAGUCAUGAUGGGACAGGUCCAGGUAACGGAUGGUUUCUAGAGAGUAUUAUUGUUAAGUCUGAAGAGGAAGAUGGCAGUCAAGAAGUGCUGUUUCCAUGCAACCGGUGGCUAGAUGAGUACCAAGAUGAUGGCAGGACUGAACGAGAAUUGUUCGCAGAACAUGAAGUCUCACUGUGA